GUAUCAUCAGUUGCGAUCCUAUUAUUUUAUAUCAAUAAAAGCCAAAAUAAACAAUUUUUUGGCAUUUAUAUAUAGACAUACAUUCUUUAUUUUUUUAAUAUAUAUAUAUAUAUUCUAUUCGAUGGAUCCUUCUAUUCUUGAUGCACUUGGAUUCUCUACUUUGAAAUACCAUUGGCAAGUUGUCUUAUUAUCUGCUGUGAUCUGUUGUAUCAUCUUUGAAACUUCUCGUGUGAUAUCCCCUUUGUUAUUCCCCAAGACUUUUCAAUUCUUUAAAGGUUAUAAUGCUCCCAAUUGGCAUGUUCAUGUUGUAUCAACGAUUCACUGUAUUACAGUUGUCAUCGGGUCUUUCUUUAUUAUGGGUGAUAAAACUUUGAAUAAUGAUAGAGUUUUUGGUUACACAUAUUGGGCUGCCAAUAUUUAUUCUAUAUCUUGUGGAUACUUUCUUUGGGAUACCUUUGUCGCUAUACAUUAUAUCAAACAUCAAGGCAUUAGUAUGGUUUGUCAUGGUAUUGCUUCUUUUGCUGUCUUUAUAUUUGGUUACAAACCUUUUGUCAACUACUAUGGAGCUAUCUUUCUCAUGUAUGAACUUAGUACUAUCUUUUUGAAUUUCAAUUGGUUCAUGGAUAAAAUCGGCUGGACCGGCACCAAGGCUCAAUUGAUUAACGGCAUCUUUUUGAUUCUUUCAUUCUUUGGAGCUCGCAUUGUAUUCGGGAUUUAUAUGACAAUUCAAAUGUGGACUGAUAUUUAUGCCGUCAAGGAAUUAGUACCAUUAAGAUAUAUUGUGGUUUAUGGAAGUGCCAAUUUUGCAACAGUGUGCCUGAAUUUAUACUGGUUUAGAUUGAUGAUCAACAUGCUUCGCAAACGGUUUCCAGGAAAUAAGACGGACAAGGAAUUGAAGUAGUUAUCCAUCUCACUUUAUUUUAUAUAUAUAUAUAUAUAUACGAUAUAUGGUUUUUAUUAUUAUUAUUAUUAUUUCUUUCACUAACUCAAACCGAUCACCUUUUUCUUUUUCUUAGUAUAUUUCUGCAUUCCAUUAUGUAUUUAUCCAUUCUAACCUACCACAAUAAAUAAAUAAAAAAGUUUUUUUUUUU